AUGACGCAGCAUUCUGACACUGAUGCGGCUCACAUGUCGGCGCUAUCCUCUGGCCAUCUAUCUAGUAGGAGCGGGGCGUCGUCUUUGAUCUACAGAUUGAAACAAAGUCGACAUUUAUGGCCAGUCAUUAACAUCGUGAGCGUAGUCGUGUGGAUAUGGUCAUUGGCGGGAACCUUCCAUUGCUCUUUCAUCAUGGCAGAACAUGUUGCAUUGGGUGUUUCAACUUCGGCGAAUGCUACAAUGACUUCCGUAAACGUUGACAUUGUAGACCAUCCUGUUGGCCUUGGUUUGUUUUCGACCUCGGUUUAUGACAUGGAUGCCAAUCUACUCGGCUGCGUAGCCUACUAUGGGAGCGGGGAUGAAUUCGAUGGGGCAUUCCGGGCUGCACGGACUUUUGGAAUGAUCACAACUCUUUCAACUACCGUUGCCAUGAUUUGUGUGACUUUGGUGACACUCUUCAUCGAACCACGACCUCUGAAAGCCAACCUUUGGUCGGUCGCACGUUUCCUCUUCUUUACCGCCUUUCUGUGCCAAUUGUUAAGCUUUCUCGCGUUUGGGCGUGAUCUGUGCAAUCGCUCUGAUAUGGAAUGUCGGCCUGGACCGGCCAGUAUAUUGAGCAUCUUUAAUCUGUUCAUGCUAGGUUCGCUCAGCGCCUUGAUCUACGCGGUACCACCUGUUUCGAAGCCUCUCUUCCUGUUUCGGAAGAAAAAGAAACCCAUGAGUGUCAUUGACAUGGCUCAACAAGACGACGACGACGACCUGGGAUCUGAAAAGUUUGAAAUCUUGUCCAACCCAGGGCAACACUCGUCAGCUUCGUCACAGAAAAGACUAAAGGGUGCCGCAGGUGAAGUGGGUGAUCUAGACAGUGAAUGUGGGGGAGCAUCACUUGGCAAAUCAAACACUCCGAAUGUUGUCAUGGAAGGCAUUGAAUGCGUAGCAGCUGAUCAUAUGCGCCACAAGAAACCAAAGAGUGCAUGGGAACGAUUCACCCAUCGGUACUACGCCAUUAGAGAUCGUCCUGGGAUUCGGACAAUGAUCGCAAUCACUCUCUGUCUUUCGUGGGUUUUCACAAUGGUCGAGACAACGCGUUGUACCUUCCUACUUGUAGGCGCCACGGGGCAAGAACGAAACGAACUUAGCGGUCUUGGACUCUUCAAUCGAGCCUACUACGUGAACGAUGACAUCUUGGGUUGCAUUGCAUAUCCGUCAGCGGCAAAGACCGAGUUUGAUGGCGCCUUUGAGGUAGGCAGGGCCUUUGGCAUGAUGACCCUUCUCCUCAUGACAGCAUCCUUCCUCUCGUUUUGUGCCUUGCAUGCGUUUUUUGAGCCUUCUCACAACAAGAAGCUGGCCUGGUGGUGCUUGACCCAAUUGACCCUUCCGGCAGCCGUGUUUGCGCAGCUGAUUACCUUUGCAGCUUUUGAAACACAAGCCUGCACCAGGUCCGACAACGUAGACUGCGUGGCCGGAAUUGCCGGUAUCUUUGGCAUCCUCAAUGUCUUCUUAGUGAUUCCAUUGGCGAUUGUCAUCUUUGCAAUUCCCUGCCCUUCCAAGCCCAUCCUUCGCAUGCGGACCACGCCUCAGAGGGUCCCAAAACAGCGUCCGCGUCAGCGAUCACUCUGCUGGAGUGGCCUGGAUGAUGGAGUUCGAAUCCGCAGUGGCGCAACAACCAGAGGCGGCGCCAAGGAGGAAAGUGUCGAGGUGACGAAUGUGAUUGUCGAAGAACUGGAAGGAUUGCGAAAGACUACAAGAGAAACCCAUCACUCAGAUGGGACAACCACAAUCACAACGACCAUUGAAGAGUACGACAAUGCUAACGGCAAUCCUUCCUCGACGGAUGCUCGCGUGCCAGAUCCAACAUCCACAACAUCCGGCGGGCUCCCAUCCUCGGACUACAUUUCUACUUCUCUUAGUUGGGAUUCUCGUGCCAGCUUGGAGCAGUUUGAGACAGUGGAAAUGGACUAUGCCUCCAUCGUCGAGACUUCAUCGAGUGGUAGAGACAAUUCCACCACUAAAACUUCGCCUCGCGACAUGCGAAAUGCCACAAAGUGUUGUUUGGUUCAGCAAACAGCCAUGUCAAUCCUCCAGGAAAUGCACGAGGAGGACGAAGCCCAAAAAAGGCAGCAACAGGUGGCGAAGCAGCCCCCGCUUGUGCGGUCGCGAAUUGCCUUGGCACAAUCGAGGGCAUCCCCGAGUAUGAACCGGAGCAACAAGACCACUUCUUCCACGAACAACACGAUGGAACCUUCCCAUUCCGUUUCGACGUCGGAACCACCGUUGACGUUCAAAGCGGACGAGUCUACACCUUCCAAGAAAACCAUAUUGACGACCCGGGGUGGCCGUGUCUACCCCCGAAGUACCACUAGCUCCGACGCUGUGGGUCUGAACGACCCUGACGACGAUACCAUUGACGACGACUUUUUCGCGGCAUCCAGGUUCAGCUCCAAAGUAUCCACUGCCUGUCACAGUACUAGCGAAGAUGAUGGUAUCACAUUCAAUACGGGUGAAUAUGCGGUCAAUAAUGACAGCGUCAAAGUGGCGUAUCAGGGCCGAAAGAAGAAGCGUUCGGACCCUUAA